AUGCGCGCUGGGGCCGCGGUCUCGGGCCUCCCGGCGCCUUCUCCGAGCACCUCGGGCCCCGGGCCGCGGGCGCGCCCCUUUCGGAGAAGAGAGGCCCUAGGCCCGGGGUGGGGCGCGGGGUCCACAGGGUCGUCACUAGGGAGUGGGGCAGGGGAAGAGCGCGGGACUCGGGGCGGGUCGGGGCCCCACCGGGGGGACGCGCGGAGCCCCCCGGAGCGCGCACCUAGAGGGGGAGCUGCGUGGGCGCCGCGCUCCGGCCCCGUAAGGCUGCCGCGAGGAGGAAAGGGCGCGUCCUCGGCGCAGCCUCCGCGGGGAACACGGGCUCCAAGCUCGUGUGGGUCGUGUGGAGGUGGGAGAACCCGGGAACGGGCCCGGCCUGGGCAGCAGCGGGCGGCAGCGGUGCCCUGGGGGGAGGGAGCCGGGACCGCGCGCACCGGGGAAGGACGGCGUCAGGCGGGGCCCUUCCCUCGGCCGCGGGGUGGGCGCCUGCACGGCCGCCGGGCACACAGCUGGGGCGUCCCCGCGGAGAGGGCCCGAAGGUUUGUCCUGGCCUGUGUGCUCGCCGCCAGCGUCAACUUCUGCCUUGCAUAUGCUGUGGAAUUUAAUCGGAAAGCCCAUUUUGAGCAAUCACACUUCAACGGCUGCAUCUUGAUGAUCGCACCAUUAGGAUCUAUUGAAGAGUAAAUCUUGGGAAUCAGGGAGAGAGUGCAAUACUGAAAUCAUUUUUUUUGGUGAAGUUUAUAAUGAUUUCUUCAUGUCACUCAAAUACUUUCUUUUCAGAUUUUCAGAUAAAGGAAUCUAAUGCUACAAAAUCAGAAAUUUUGUAAACUUAUUACAGAUUGUACGUUUCAGACCAAAUGGGUGUAUAUUUAAUUGUAUAAUUAACAUAUGGAUAUGAGAAGAGGUCUUUUUCCUGUAAAUUGAACUCAUUGCAGUGAAAUAUCAUUAUAAUUUUUCUGUACUUUCCCUUGUAAAUAUUUUAUUACCCUUUCUUCCUAAGCAGUUAUACCAAUUUUAAAAAUUGGUGGGUGUCUUCUAAAUUCUUUUGAGAUCUAAAAACUAUAUCCACA